AUGGCCGGCUUCGAGGAUAAGGGAUCGAAGCGCCUGAGCGCCGACGGAGAAGGAAGCCGGAAGAAGAUCAAGAAGGAGGUCAAGAAGGAGGAAGAGGAUGAGUCCAAGUACAACCCCUACUUGGCGCACAUGAAGGAGGAGAACGGCGUCAAAUCCGAGGAGGACGUCAUUGAUGCCAGCUCGCCCUUUUACGGUUUCAAGCAACGCGCCACCACUGCGAAGCAGCACGAGAAGAUCGAAGACCUCGACGACAAUGCCUUCACCGGUCGCCCUCACUCGCAAAAAUAUUUCCAGAUUCUGCAGUCGCGUCGCGAUCUUCCCGUCGCGAAGCAGAGAGAAGAGUUCCUCGAGAAGUACCACUCAACCCAAAUCCUCGUCUUCGUCGGUGAGACCGGUUCCGGAAAGACGACCCAGAUUCCUCAAUAUGUCGUAUUUGACGAGCUCCCUCAGCUCAACCGCAAGAUGGUUGCCUGCACUCAGCCCCGUCGUGUUGCUGCCAUGUCCGUUGCGCAGCGUGUUGCCGACGAGAUGGACGUUCAACUUGGCGAGGAGGUCGGAUACAGCAUUCGUUUCGAGGACAGAACCAGCCCCAACACGAUCCUCAAAUACAUGACCGACGGUAUGCUUCUCCGAGAAGCCAUCCACGACCACGAGAUGUCGCGUUACAGCUGUAUCAUCCUCGACGAGGCCCACGAACGUACUCUCGCCACCGAUAUCCUCAUGGCCCUGCUCAAGCAGAUUGCCGCCCGCCGCCCCGACCUCAAGAUCGUCGUCAUGUCCGCCACCCUCGAUGCGCAAAAGUUCCAGCGCUACUUCAACGAUGCGCCUCUUCUCGCCGUUCCCGGUCGCACACACCCCGUCGAGAUCUUCUACACCCCCGAGCCCGAGAGGGACUACGUCGAGGCUGCCAUUCGGACAGUGUUGCAGAUCCAUGCCUCUGAAGGGGAGGGCGAUAUUCUACUGUUCUUGACAGGUGAGGAAGAGAUUGAGGAUGCCUGCCGGAAGAUCAAUCUCGAGGCCGACGAAAUGACACGAGAAAUCGACGCCGGCCCGUUGGUGGUUUACCCGCUCUACGGUACUCUGCCCCCGCACCAGCAGCAAAAGAUCUUCGACAAGGCUCCGGCCCCGUACAAGAAGGGCGGCCGGCCAGGACGCAAGGUUAUUGUGUCUACCAACAUUGCCGAGACGUCUUUGACCAUUGACGGUAUCGUGUAUGUCGUUGAUCCCGGCUUCAGCAAGCAAAAGAUCUACAACCCGCGAAUUCGUGUCGAGUCUCUCUUGGUCUCCCCUAUCUCCAAGGCCUCGGCCCAGCAGCGUGCUGGUCGUGCUGGUCGUACAAAGCCCGGAAAGUGCUUCCGUCUGUACACUGAGCAGGCCUUCAAGAAGGAGCUCAUCGAGCAGACCCAUCCUGAGAUUCUGCGUUCCAACCUGUGCAACACGGUCCUGGAGCUGAAGAAGCUUGGUGUCGUGGAUCUCGUCCACUUUGACCUCAUGGACCCUCCUGCGCCGGAGACCAUGAUGCGUGCGCUCGAGGAGCUGAACUAUCUCGCCUGCCUUGACGAUGUUGGCGAGCUGACCACCCUCGGAAGCCUCGCCUCCGAGUUCCCCUUGGACCCAGCCUUGGCCGUCAUGCUUAUCUCCUCGCCGGAAUUUUACUGCUCCAACGAGAUUCUGUCCAUCGUCUCUCUCCUCUCUAUUCCUCAGAUCUGGGUCCGCCCCGCCGCUCAGCGUAAGCGUGCCGACGAGAUGAAGGCGCAGUUCUCACACCCCGAGGGCGAUCAUCUCACACUCCUCAAUGCCUACCACGCCUUCAAGGGCACGGCAAACCAGCCCGACGUGGACCCCAAAAGAUGGUGUCACGAGCACUUCCUCUCCUUCCGUCAUCUCAGCAGUGCCGACAACGUUCGUGCGCAGCUGAAGCGCAUCAUGGAGAAGUCUGACCUCGAGCUCGUGUCGACCCCCUUUGAGGACAAGAACUACUACACCAACAUCCGGCGCGCGCUCCUUUCGGGCUUCUUCAUGCAGGUCGCCAUGAAGGAGAGCUCCGGCAAGGUUUACCGUACUAUCAAGGACGAUCAGGCAGUCAUGAUGCAUCCCUCCACGGUCCUCAAGACCGACUACGAAUGGGUCCUUUACAACGAAUUCGUCCUCACCUCCAAGCAGUACAUCCGUACAUGCACCGGAAUCAGGCCAGAGUGGCUGUUUGUAAGCAAUGCCCCUGCCUUUCCCCCCCUUCGAACAAAUGCCACUUGUCUUUUCCCUUCCUCUUGCCGCUUACCCCCAUAUGGAUUGCUACGAUCGAUCUCUUGCUGCUUUCAGCCCCCACCCCCUGUCCUGCAUUCUUCGGCACUUGCCUCAUCCUAUCCAUUGCAUCGGAGAACCCCAUAA